AUGACUUGCCAAGUGUGCGGAGCAUCGGAAUCCGAGCCGCAUUUCGGCGGAAUUAGUUGUCGGUCUGUUGAUUUGACGAUAAAAAACUUAGUUGACAAUAUUGUUUCAUUUCCAGAGCAUGCGCCGCCUUUUUUCGUCGAUUCGUUCACUCGCGGAAGGCGGCGAUCAUGUGCAAAUGCGAGAAGCGAGCGACGAAUUCGCACCCGUGCCGGCAGUGUCGAAUGCAAAAGUGUUUGGAGGUCGGCAUGGAUUUGAAAAGUGAGAAAAAGUCACAUACACUUUUCUACGAUUACAACCGAACAUUUGAAGCAUAACUUUAUUCAAUACCUACACAGGUGAAUCGCGGAUGAGGCAUUAUGGGCGCAUAUACAAUUCCUAAUGGAUCCGCCGUGAUUCAUCUGUGUAGUUCUGAUAAAACUUUCGAGAUCUUGAUUUAAAGUCUACUGCUUUUCUUCGGAGAUUGACGCUAUGACAAUCGGUUGUGGCUUUUCACGAUAUCAAUAAGAAACACAUUCAGAGGUGCAACUGACACGCGACAAGCAUUCGAAUCAUGACGGAAUCGUGGCAAAACGACGUCCCCAACGAUCGGAAAGCCCUCCGGAAAUUUCGUUGUUGGAUGCAAGUUUGACGGUCAUGCAUGAUCAUUUCCUGAACAUUUUAGGGCCAGAUUCAGAGUUUCCUAUAGUUUGAAGACUUAUAUCUCGAGAACCAAUGAUGAUUUCCAAGAGUUGUCAACUGCAAAGUUGUUGCAAAUUUUGUCCUAAACAACUUUGUAAUUGACAAUUUUACCAUGAAAUGUGUCGUUUUCGAGUUAUGACUCAUUUUCUUAGCAAUAGCAGAAGCUAGACUCCAAUAAAGCGUUUGAUGCUCUAACCGAUAAUACUGACAUCUUUUCAGUGUCGAAUAAUCUCUCGCGAGACCACAAACAUCUCGUCGACCAUCUCCAAAUGGGCGUAUUUCGAGGAGAAUCGCACGAAACUCGUCAAUUUCAACUUUGAAACGCUCAACAUUUACCAACUCUCAAGCUUCACAAAAUCGGAUUGCGAUUGCAUUUCACAACUGUUCCAACGCGUUUUUCCAAUGAUGAAAGACUUGUCGCAGAAGGAUUUGGUGAGGGUCUCGAAGUCGAAUAAAGUAUAUUAAGAGUUUCUAGGACAAGUUGGUGGCAAACGUGAUUCCGAAAUGGAUAAUGUACGAGUGUGCGAUCGACUAUGCACAGAACCGCGUGCAAUGGGAAGAGUUCCGGAAGACUGAGGAGCACGAUUUGAAAAUUGUCCAGUUUUUCGGAAGCGCCAUACCGGAAGAGAAGAAGCUCAAGGAUUCCGAGGUGUUACGGUACGCUACACUCUUUUUCUUGAGGAAAACAGUGGCGAAAAACAUUUUUCAUCAGAAUACUCGGGCCCUACUGGAAUGCGUUCUACGAUGUCACAGCUGUCGAAAUUGCCGAACACCAAUUCGAUCGAUUCGAGUACUCGGCCAUUUUUGUGCUGAUUAUGUUUGAUAACGGUGAGUCUACUGGUAGCAUAUUUCAUCAAAUCUGCAUAUCAAACUCUAUCAGAGUCCGUCGUAACUAACUGUAGUAGAAGGCCACCCCAGUAUCGUUCAUUCAUGACACUCUAUCUCAGCUGCCUGUGGAGAUAUCAAAAUAUUUGCAACUGAUAAAAUGUACACAAUUUCCAGAUGAGUAUUUCAUCAGUUGACAACUGCUUGAUAUCUCUACCCACAGCUGACCUACGUCGUUUUGAAAAGACGGUGCACACAUAUCACAUAACAUUUACUUUCAGCGUACACGAAUAUAAGCGAGGACUGUCGAAAAAUGUGUGAAAACAUUCGGAAGGUGAUAUUACGGGAGUUGAAAGCCUAUCAAACGGACAAGAAUUGCGAGGAAACUCGAUUCUUCGACACGGUAGACAUGCUCUCAGUUCUGGAAAAGGCCGAGCAGCGGUUCGAGGAGGAGAUUUUGGUUUGCGAGAUGAACAAUGUCAAGUUGCACGAGGAUUUUGUGAAAGUGAUGCGGAAUUGUAAACGAUAA